AUGUCAGAUAAGCUAUGUCGAUGGAGGACAAAUGUAUGGUUAGGACUCGAGGGCAAGGAUCUAGAGGCAUUUUGCGGACACGGCGACGAAGGGCUACCGCAGCUGGAGGAAACGUACCUAAACAGAACAACAGUAUGGACAGGAUGGUUAGAUGAAUAUUUAAGAAGACCAGAGAGCGAAACGUUGGGGGCACUAUAUCGGAGAAUAAAGGACGAAAGGGUAGUAAAGGGUUGCGGAGGGCAGAAUGAAUCCCUGGAAAAUACCACCUGGCAGAACCUAAUCCUGGACGUCCUCAGCAAUAUGAUAGACAUCAAUAGGAUAGAGUCUGAGUGUGACCAGAAACAAGAAAGCCUUGGUGCACAAGAUCAUUGCGAAGUAUAUAAGUGGAGAGAUCUACUCAAGAGAAAAAUCUGCCCCGACAAACCUGAAUCUGUGAAGUGGAUGGGAGCCAUGACUUGUCUGAUAAAGAUCUGGGAGAAGGGAAAGUCCGGAGAUGAAGAUCUCUCCAAGGACCUGCCAAAAGGAUGUGAGAGUAUAUUAGAGCUACUGAGAGUAGAGGAAUCAGCAUGGGAAAGUACCCUAGAAGCGAGCUAUGAUUCAGAGGACGGUGAAUGUAGAAAAGAGGAGCAUAACCAGCGGCUGACAGGUGUCCAAAAAGGGAAAAUUAGCUUCCUAUUGAGUCUAUAUGGGAGUCUAGGAAAAUUAUGUACCACAUGUGGACCGUAUGAAUUAAACAACUGGAUAGCCAGCGGAAGAGAACGCACUAGUCUCCCAAGAAGAAUAUACUGUCAAAAUCAGAGUGGAGAAUUAAAUUGUGCCGCUGAUCUGACAAAGUUAAACGGAAAAAAGAACUAUCUACUGUACACAACUGGAUCGGGACCUCACCAUACAUCAGACCGAAGGAGUUCUUGCCUCAUAAAUUCGUCUCCCCGCCUGGAGACGCAACGUAACACAGAAACUGUAGUCGUCCUCUCCCCCCAAGAACAAAACAGAAGUCACCUAGAGUUCCAUCUUGUCAGGCAAACCAACCUCAACGAAAUAAUAAAUCCGGAGGCUCAGACGCCCGAAGAGGGCCAGUCCAGCGACACCAAAGCAGAAGGAAGACACAUGAGAGGGACAGAACCCACUCCUCAAAAGGACGGGCAUGAGGACUUCCCCCCCCCCUUCGAGGAGACAUCUGUCAGAGAUGGGGAGAAAGGGGGUGACGGGGAUGCGGUUGGACAAGAAACUCUGAUCUCAGGUAAGACGGCCAACCCCCAGCAAGGAAAGACACGGGCGGAUUCGGUCAAGAAUUUAGGUAAACCACAUGCGGCUUACUCCAACAAAAGCAAAGUUGUCAUAGGAGGCAUUAUUACGAGCAUAAUAUUGGGCACGCUGGCCGUAUAUGGCGCUUGGAGGAUAAGGAGAAAGGGCCGGAAUAGGCGUCAUGUAGGUCCCUUACCUCAGGAAGUUAUGGGGGGAUACCAGAACUAUAUCACCUCAAGUACAGGAAAAACGGAGCAGGGCGGACGUAUCCGACGGGUGCAAGGAGGGAUUCACGGGGGGUUUGGACGGAAGUCUGACGAGGAGCGAAAAUCCCCACCUAGGGACCCAGGGUUUCGAUGGCCCCCAAAGGGUUCGAGCCGAGAUGAUUCCUGUUGGGAGGCUGAGGAGGUGCUGUAG